CCAGGUAACAACAAAGAACAAUCGUUAUAAUUUAUCUGGCAACAAAUAUAGGAAGAGUACCUUUAAUGCAAAAUAUUUUUGUAUAUAAUACAACCCUGGAAAUCAGUUUUCAGCUUUUGACAAGAAGUUUUCAAAAUGUUUCAGGUCACGUGUAAUAUUGUAGUGGUGUUAUUUAUCAUACCUGGGUGGAUAUCAGUUUUAGAUGGAGUUGAAGUUCAACUAGCGAUACCAUGCAAUAAAACGUGUUUACACGGCGGUCGGUGUGAUAUAACUCCAGAUCCAACGUGUUCAGGUUCGGGUUAUAAACAAAUAUGUAACUGUCCAUCAUCUUACACAGGAGAAUUCUGUGAGAAUGUCCUCAUCAAAGUGGAAUGUGAUAAACUUUGUCAGAAUGGCGGUCGAUGUGUGGUUAAUUUUAAAUAUGACGGAUGUACAACUGCUUACUCAUCUUGCGUGUGCCCCAAAUACUAUUAUGGAGAUUUGUGCGACAUUUUUAGAACUGAUCCUAUAUGUGAUCCUCCAUGCACAGCAGGUCAGGGCGAAUGUGUUGUCCUACGAAAUUCACAGUUAGCACCUCACUUGACUGAUCGAGCCUACUGUAACUGUUCAAUGUCGGCUACCGGAUAUUACUAUGGAAACCAAUGUCAACAUUAUCAAGAAAAAGGAUUGUGUAACCCGCCAUGUCGCAAUGGAGGGGAAUGUAAUUACAGGGGUAUGUGUAUUUGUCCACAAGACCCAAAAGGAUAUUCAAGGGAUUGCAGGGAAUUUGACCCAGUAUGUAAUCCUGCCUGUCAGAAUGGUGGAACAUGUUAUUACGGUUCUUGUGGAUGUACAAGUACAGAUCAAGGGUAUUAUAACGGCUCCGCAUGUGAACAGUUUCAAAGCAACAUAUGUAAUCCUGCCUGUCAGAAUGGUGGAACGUGUAACAGAGGUUCUUGUCAAUGUACACCUACAGAUCAAGGGUAUUAUUACGGCUCUGCAUGUGAACAUGUUGACUUAUGUAAACCUGCCUGUCAGAAUGGUGGAAAAUGUUAUAGAGGUUACUGUCAAUGUACAAUUACAGCUCAGGGGUAUUAUUACGGCUCUGCAUGUGAAAAGUUUAAAAUCUUACUAAGUGUAUGUAGUCCCCCAGGUGAAAAUGGCAGUGUGUGUCUAGAUGGUUCCUGUCAAUGUAAUGUAAAUGGUUCGAAUUGUUUUACCGUGGAAGAAUGCGUGGGUGGCUGUUUAAAUGGAGGUACAUGUGAUUAUAGAGGUAAAUGUAAAUGCCUAAUGGAAUACACAGGUGUCAAUUGUGAAACAUAUACAGAGUGUCCAUGUCUAAAUAACGGACGGUGCGUUGAUGACGAGUGUCAAUGUGCGACAAAUGAAACUGGAAAAUUCAUGGGAAACCUUUGUAGUAACUUCACCUUUUAUUAUCCGUGUUACCCGUCAGUUCUGAAUGGUGAAUUGUGUUCAGCGGGUACUAUUUACUAUCCCUACGACGGUAUUUCCAUGGUGAUCAAUGUGAGAAGUACAGUUUAAAAGACUGUGGCAGUAGUUGUCUAGAGCCAGAAGUGUGUUUAGAGGAGGGUUGUAGCUGUCCGUACAACACAACAGAGCGUUACCUCACCUAUACAAAUGAAAAUGGCAGAUGUAAUGGAACACGAUAUCUGUAGGUGAAAAUGGGUAUUUAUAGCAUUUUUCGGACAACGAACCUAACUCCAGGAUAUUAGUGACUUUUUAAUGGUGUGCUAAACAAGAGGUAUGCGAAAACGAAAAUCAGUAUCCGUACCUUUUGAGAAAUUGGUCUUCAUGACUUCAAUCGUGCUCACAACGCAGAUAAGCCCCAAGUCGGAAUAAAUAAAUUCCAAUGAGAUUUUCUUCGUUCGUUCCUGGGUUUUAUGUCAACUUCCACCAAGGGUGAUAUCGUAGACAAGUGUUUCCUAAGAACUUGCCAGAGGAAGACACAAAAUAGGCUUGAUGCAUCUUUUUGGGGUAAAACAAAAUGUCUUUGUAGGGAAGCGCCUAAGGCGAAUGUCAUCCAAAGAAAGAAUGGGUGCGCAGUCUGGCCUGCUUUAACAUAAAUGCUACAAUAUUAGGUAUGGUAGUUAAAUUUAGGGUUGACCGUUAGUUGGGCCUUAGGGUCCGCCGCCUGUCCGACCUAGGGUCAGGGAUGCAUACAAUGCCGUGCUGUUAGCCUUAUGAAAAGAAACAUGCUACUUGUUUUGAACCAACUGGGCUAAUUAAAUGAAAUGAGGUUUAUAUUUCUGCACCAACUGGACUAAUGAAAAACGAUAUGCUACUCGAGAUAUCUAAUCCAAUCCAAACUGUCAGGCCUUUUUUCUGUGUACAUAGAACUAGAUUUAAAUAGACGCCAUUUUAUAACUAAAUUGCCUAAUUGUUUUAUUUCUUAACA